AUGGCGGCCUUCCCAGGAGCGUCAGCACCGGCAGCGGUGGGGGAGAACAUGACGGAUAUCGUGCGAGCUGAUGGGCAUAUGUGGCUCAAGUACGGGCAGAAGAACAUUCACAACACCUCCAUCAUAAGGUGCUACUUCAAGUGCUACUCCUCCAAGAACAAGCCUGCUUGCCGAGCGAAGAAGACUGUCGACUACGAUCGCCGCCUCCCCAUCUCGUCCGCCACCACCCAAACCAAGUACACCAACCGCUCUCACAACCACUCCAUUCCUCUCAACUGCGACGGCUCCAGCGAUGCUCUCGGCCAGGGCCCGUAUCCAUCCAACGCUGCACAUUCGAGCUCCGCCGUCGCCCUGGAGUGCGCCCCCAGCUCUGCGAAUUCGAGCUCCUGUAACCUUACUGCCGUGGUUACCACCAACAGCUCGCUCACUUCCCCUCCAAGCAGAGCCGGAAUCCGUCCUGAGCCGUCUGCACUUGCAAGCAGCAGCGUUCUCACCAGGGCGAAGUUCCCCAUCAGACCCACCAUCUCCGGAGGCGUUAUUUCUUCCUCAGUUGAAGCCGAUCCCGCUUGGUCUGACUCGCCGUUGGAUGAUGCUGCUGCCGCGACGAUUGCGGCAAACCUCUUGCCGCAAAGCGUCGCCUUCACUAGCAGCAGCGAGUCAGCUGCUGCGACGCCGCCGUCACCCGCGAUGCCGCCGUCUCUUCCGUUCAACUCCUGCGGAUCGGCGUCUGAAUCCGGAAGUCUGAGCCACUUCUUUGCUGAAAAUGACUCUCUGGGUGGACACUCGCUGUGUGCGGAGAAGAGGGUCCGUCUGACGCCCUCUGACGAGGCAGCGUCUACUGAGAACGCGAGCAACUCAGCUGGUGAACCCUGGCCCACCAGCAGUAGAAUUUUCGAGGCACUGUCUGCUGAUCUGGAUCAGAGGUUCCACCCUGAGGCGUGCAGCCCUCCCACAGCUGAUGCUGCUGCACGUGACAAUUCAUUUGGACUUCCCGUCAAGGGCUUUUCAUUCGAGGAUGGCCUUGCGGCGGCGAGUCCAGAAGAAGCAAGACCAAGAGGACUGGCGCAUGCCGACAUUUCUUUCGAGGAUUUCCUCUCUGAUUUGUCUCCAGAGUUGUGUUCUGAUAAUUUCUGGUGUGAGGAGCCGCCUUGGCUGGAAGCAGCGGAUGUGAGUCCUCCAUGGGGAUCAUCUGGCUUGUCAGCUGGCAGUUCCUCUGUUGAUAGCCAAGAGCCCCACUCGAUUGGCUUGAAACGCAGUGCUUCAGCCAUGCUGACUGGUGCCACCGAGGCAGGAAUCCUUGAUGAAAGCAACCCCGGGCAUGCUUGUGCGCCCUGGCCCAUGCCAAAAUCAAGUAGUGCGCACAGUGUGUUCAGCUUUCUGGGUGGGGGUGACACCUUGAGCCUCAAGCGCCUGGAUCUCCGCUCGGACCACUUUCUCUGCCCUGCCGCGUGCGUGGACCUGCGGGGGUUCUGGUUAAGCCCGUGUGAUGAUCCGGAGAUCACAUACCCGAGCCAUGAUCGCGUGUGGGGCCACGCGGACGGCAUUCAGCUUGCCGGCUCCUCCACCAUCCCACCUCCGCCGCCUCCGCCCCCUCCCCGUGCUCCUGCGCCCCCUCCUCCUCCCUCUCGCGCCAUUCCUCCCCCACCUCCUUCCGUUCCUCCUUCUACUGCUUCUGUCGCUCCUCGCUCUACCUCUUCCCUCCCGCCUCCCCCCCCUCCCCCUCCCCCACCUCCUUCCGCAUCUCAUCCUCCGCCUCCUCCCCGUCCGUGCGUCCUGCACCCCCCACCGCCUCCCCGUGCGCGCCCCCCGCUACCCCCACCGCCUCCGCCCCUCCCGCCUCCCCCCAUCCGAAACCGUCCGCCCCAGCGCUCUUUCCUUACCGACCUCCACGUGAACACCAUCGCCGCCUCGCUCCCUAAUCUCCGCGCCCUGAACCUCGACACGCCAGCGGACAUCACGGCCGCGUGCGUCGAGCACGUGGCCAGCACACUCCCGCAUCUGACGGCGCUCUCGCUCUGGUCCGACGCCGUCACGUGGGAGUCGGCGGCGCUGCUCCUCGCGCUCCUCCCGUCGCUGCAGCGCCUCUCCCUCGUGUCCGGCGCGCUGGUUCCGCGCGCCUCGCCCCAGCCGGGGCGCGCAGAGGCGGGUGCAGCAGCAGCGCGGGAUACUUCAGCGAAUGCAGCCGCUGGUGCAGAAGCAGCGGGGUCGGAUGAUGCUCUAUCUCUCUUCUCCUCGCUCUCCCUUGCCCCCCCCAGUGCCGGCGACCUCUUCUGGUGCCCCUCAGGGUCGUCCCUCGCGCCCUGCCGCGCCUCCCUCCGCCUGUACCUCUCCCCCCAUCGCUCCGUGCUGCGUUCCCCACCCCCUCCCGAUGGCGAGCCGGGGAGGAGCGAGGAGGCACUCUGCCGGGCCAUCCGCGGCCUGCCUCUCCUGGAGCGCCUCGCCCUCCCCCUGGCGUCAGACGCUGUUCUGCUGGAGAUCUCCCAGUCCUGCCCGAAGCUCACCGACUUGCACGCGCAGCCGCUAGCUCGGUUCAUCCCUGUCGCAUCUGCUGAGGGAAGUGGCACCAACGACUUUCUCUACUACACGUCCUCCUAUGCCAGGGCCUCCGUGCGUGUUGCCCUUCCUGCUGUCCAGUGGCGGGUGACUGAUGCCGGGGUGCUGGCUAUUGCGAACGGAUGCACGCGAUUGGUGCAGCUGAGUCUGGGCGGCUGUGUGAACGUGCGACCCGCAGCGUGGCGCCAGCUGGCGAGGAGAUGCGGGCGGCUGGAGGUGCUGAGGCUGCCGCGCACACGGGUGGACGACGCUGCUGUCGUGGCGGCGCUGUUCGGCGACAGCUGGCACGGCGGUGUGGGUGUGAAUGGCGCCACUGCUGCUGGGGUUGCCCCUGGAAUUCCACCUGGUUCCGAUGCCACUGCUGCUGCAGGCCGUGCUUCCAGUGCGCCAGUGCCGCUGCAGCUGCACCUGCCACGGCUCGUCCUGCUGGACCUCUUUGGAUGCCCAGGAGUGACUUCUGCCCUCCUGCUCGCUCUCUCAGCAGUAGCCAGGGAGCUUGCUGGCAACGAUGAGAAGCACAGAGCUGAUGGGGUGGCUGAAGAGGUGGAGAGGGAUGGGGAGGGCGAGGAGGAGAAGGCACUUGCAGGCGAGGAUGUGGGGCAUGAGAACGGAAGGAAGAAGGCGAGAGGAUACUGUGGGUUGCAGGAGUUCAGGCUGCGUCGGCUGCUGGUGUCUCCGGAAGUGAUUGUUGGAGAUGGGUGGAGAGGGAGCGAGGAAGGUGGAAGCGAGGGUGUGUUGGGGGAUGGUGGAGGCAAUUGUGGGGGAAGGGGUUCUUCUGACUAUGUGGAUUUGAGGCUGGUUGCGAGGGAGGUAGGGAUGCUCUUGCCUCAGUUGGUGGUCACUGCUAGAAGGACCGCGGAACAUGUUUUGCCUUGGGAUGGCUUUUUUGGAGAGCAAAGGCUUGAGCUGGAUGGUGACGAUGAAGAGAGUGAGUGGGAGUGCUGA